ACAAUACACACAUCAUGAGCGCCAAACGCUAUGCAUUCCUCCCUAUGGAGGAGGAGGUGGGAGAGGAAAAGGGGGAGUCAUCGAAGAAGCCCUCGAAAAAGAGGAAGACCGAAGAUGCCGCUGCGCGGAAUAAGGCGGCGCUACCUGAUAUUCGAGAACGAUCGCGACAAGAAUACCUCAAGAAAAGAGAAGCCGAACGACUUGCUCUCUUGCGAAAACAGGUUGCAGAGGAGACGGACGAGUUGAGGAGCGGCGUGCGACUGUCGGAGAAAGAGAAAGCCGAAUUUGCCAAGAACAGAGAGAUCCUGCGACUGGCUGAAGAGCGACUUAACAUUGAUGAUCAUCGAGAUGGAUACUACAUGCCCGAGGACUACAUCACCGAGAAAGGAAGACUCGAUCGCAAGAAGAAGGAAGAGGUACUAUAUAAGAAGCACAUAGAAAGAGAUCAGUUCGGGCGGGAGAAAUUCGUCACAGAGCAUGAAGAAUGGGAACGGGAACAAACCACAAAGGUGAAAGCGCAAAUCCAGCGCGCCGAAAGAGAGAACGACGAUUACGACCUUGUUAUGGACGAAUCGCAGUAUAUUCAGUGGAAGUCGGACGCGAGAAUGCCUGGCGACCGUCAAAAAUUGACCCAAGAACAACAAGCCCUGAUGGCGCGGAUCGAUGAAGCUGAGAAGAAGGCACUAUCAAUACAGGAGACACGAAAGAGCCUGCCUAUUUACCAAUAUCGAGACGAGUUCCUCGCUGCGCUGGAGAAGUUUCAAGUCCUCGUCAUUGUCGGAGAGACUGGCAGUGGAAAGACGACUCAGCUACCACAAUAUCUCCACGAGGCCGGUUAUACCAAGAACGGCAUGAAAGUGGGAUGUACACAACCUCGUCGAGUGGCCGCCAUGAGUGUAGCAGCUCGUGUGGCUGAUGAAGUAGGUGUCAAAGUCGGUAGAGAGGUCGGAUAUACGAUCCGAUUCGAGGAUUGCACCAGCGACAAGACCAUCCUCAAGUACAUGACCGAUGGAAUGUUAUUACGAGAAAUCAUGACAGACCCUGAACUCUCGUCGUAUUCAGCGCUGAUGAUCGACGAAGCUCACGAACGCACAGUACACACUGAUAUCCUCCUGGCGCUACUCAAGGAUCUCUCGAGAUCGCGACCUGAUUUGAAGCUGCUGAUUUCGUCAGCUACCAUGAACGCUGAGAGAUUCUCGGAGUAUUUCGACAACGCUCCCAUCUUCAAUAUUCCUGGUCGAAAAUACCCAGUCGACAUUUACUACACACCCGCUCCCGAAGCGAAUUAUCUGACUGCGGCCAUUGUAACAACAUUUCAGAUUCACACAACACAACCCAAGGGUGAUAUUCUAAUUUUCUUGACCGGACAAGACGAGAUUGAAGCCGCGGAGCUUGAGCUUACUCAGACAGCAAAAAAGCUCGGCAACCGCAUCAAGGAACUUAUCAUCUGCCCAAUUUACGCAAACCUACCGUCCGAUUUACAGGCGAAGAUCUUCGAACCAACACCAGAAGGAGCUCGUAAAGUCAUUUUGGCUACCAACAUCGCCGAAACCAGUUUAACCAUUGAUGGAAUUGUCUACGUUAUUGAUAUUGGCUAUGUCAAGGAAAACGUCUACAACCCCGCCACCCGUGCGUCAAACUUGGUUGUUGUUCCUUGCUCGAGAGCAUCUGCAAACCAGCGAAGUGGCCGAGCUGGUCGUGUUGGACCAGGAAAGUGUUUCCGUCUAUAUACAAAAUUCGCAUACAUGAACGAAAUGGACGAAUCAACUACACCAGAAAUCCAGCGAACAAACCUGAAUGGUGUUGUGCUUCAACUGAAAUCCCUAGGCAUCAAUGAACUGCUUGAUUUCGAUUUCAUGGAUCCUCCGUCUAAAGACUCUCUUAUUGGUGCGCUGAAUCAGUUAUAUGCUCUGCAAGCGCUGAAUCAUCGUGGCGAGUUGACCAAAAUUGGCCGACACAUGGCUGAAUUCCCUACAGACCCUUUGCUAGCCAAAGCAGUGCUGGCUGCCGGCAAGGAAGGCUGCGUCGAAGAGGUUCUGUCCAUUGUAUCGAUGCUUGGUGAAGCUUCUACGCUGUUCUUCCGACCCAAGGACAAGAAGAUUGAAGCAGACAGCGCCCGAAACCGAUUCACAAUCAAGGACGGAGGUGACCACGUCACACUCCUGAACAUCUGGACCCAAUGGGUUGACAGCGGUUUCUCCCCCAUCUGGGCGAAGGAGAACUUCCUUCAACAACGGUCUCUCACAAGGGCACGCGACGUUCGUGACCAACUAGCAAAGCUGUGCGAAAGGGUCGAAGUCGAGUUGUCUACGUGUGGCAUCUCCAACCUUCUGCCCAUCAAACGAGCCAUCACAUCGGGAUUCUUCCUCAACGCUGCACGGCUGCAGAAGAGUGGUGACGGUUACAGGAUGGUGAAGAGCAAUACAGCCAUGUGGAUCCACCCAAGCAGUGUCAUGAUGUCCGUUGACCCCCCGGCAAAGACGGUAAUUUAUUUUGAGCUUGUCCAAACGACCAAGGAUUAUAUGCGCAGUGUGAUGCCUAUUGAGCCAAAAUGGCUAGGGGAAUUGGCACCGCAUGUGUAUAAAAAGGAGGAUAUGGAGGAUUUGGUGGCGAAGAAGAUGCCGAAAGAACGGAAAUAUAGGUAAUAGGCAGCGGCGGCACAUCCACAACUUUAGAGUAGCCUUAUGGCAAAUUUAGGAUUGCUCUACAUAACGAAUGCAAUUGAGCAAAUCCACACUAAAGAUAGUCUAAGAAGAAGAGCUACAGAAAAUGCACAGAUGACAGUUAGCAUCAGGGUCUUCUUAGUUUGUCUACACCAAAAUCGAGGUCUUAAUUGGCCUCUUCCGUUUCCUUAUCAGGCACCCAUUCGUACAGAAUAUCUGUCCUCAUGGUGUAUUUGAUCCCCUUGCGCACCGUUGCUCCUUCAUGGAAAAGCCCUCUGUGUUGGAAGAUGAGAACGCUUCCAGUUUUGGGGUUUACGUCCACUCUCUUCUCUCCCUUUCUGUCAAGGAAUGAAGUUGCGCCACCUUGAAGUUCUGAUGCUGGAUCAUUCUCAACAGAGUCAUUGAGGUACAGGUGAACAGUGUAGAAAGUCUCAAAUUCUUUUCCUGGACCUUCGGUAUAGUAGAAAGGACCGUCGCAGUGGGCUGGGGGAUAUGUUAGCUGUGGACAUGAGAGAAAGGUGAUUGCACCUACGUUUGAAGAACUGUCCUGGUGAAUACUUCAAGAACCUCAUCCUCUCGUUAAAUCGACUAAACACCCAUUUCCCACCCUUCAUAUAGGGCUGGGGCGGCACCACAGCCAGAAGCUCUCGCAAACCCUCAGAGAGUAUGCAGCGCUCCCAUAGGCGAUCAACAACGGUCUGCUGAUUCCAUAUGAUCCUAUCACUCUCCCUAUACCCAGGCGCCGGGGCCUCCCAUCCAGGACCGGCGCUUAUCAAAGCUGGUUUCCAAGCCGGGGCACUCUCAUCAGGUCUUGGAACGGACGCUUCAGCUAGAGAGAGAAGUUGUUUGCAUUCUUCUGGUGAGAGGACGUUGUCUAGCACGAUAGCUGUGUGACCAUCGUACUGAGGAAGAGGAGAGUUUGCAAAGUCGAUGGAAUGAGUCGUUAUUGGGAUUUCAGGCGGAGAAGAGAGGAAAGUAUCAGGGAUGGGAAUGUCGUUUGACGUGUAGUCUACUUUGGUGAGCAUGUUCUUGGAAGGGUCGCGUGGCUUGAGGAAGGAUUGGGAUGCGGGUUUGGAGGUGAGGCCUAGUUUUGAGGCGAGGUUGGAUAACAUUUUAUAAGCACUAUAACAGGGGUAUCUUGAGAGGGUGAGAUAUGGAAUAAAAUUAAUGCUACUAUGAGAAGAGGAAUAUUGAUGCCUAUUAAGUAGAUCUUUCUAACAAGGACAGUUUUAUGGCAAGAUGUUGGUGGU